UAUGAAAUAACCAUAAGAUGAGCAUACGUAACGUCUGAUAUAACGCCUAUAAAUACAAGAUUGUCGCAUUUCUAGAUCAGAGAAGCUGCUACUCUUAUGUUUUAGCCGCAUUUUUUAACAUCUUUUCCUAAUUUUCUUGUUUUCCUUUUCUUUUACAAUGAAUCAGUACACACGCGAGGAGAGGAGCGUUUUUCGAGUUGCCACGGAAAGCGUUUUAACCUAACUUCAUCUGUGUCUAUCUUCGAAGGAAUCUCAAGAUUGUACACAAAACAUGAUGUCCAACGGUGUUCAAAGCCCAGCUAAGGAAAUUGAGGACAGCUCUAUAGCUAAUGAUGUCCAUAACACAGUCUCCACAACAUCGUCAGCCUUGAAUUCUCCGCUUAUGAAACUGUCUUCAUACUUUCUGGCAGUUCGGCCAUGGUCAUUGAGCGCAUCGCUGAUGCCGACGCUACUCGGAUCGGCGCUUGCGUAUCGACUGACAGGCCUGGCAAGCUUCAGCUGGAUAUCUCUGAUCCUUACCGUAUUUACAGUACUUUGUGUACAUGGCGCUGGUAACGUAGUAAAUACCUAUUUUGACUAUGUGAAGGGCGUCGACAGUCGGAAAAGCGACGACAGAAUAUUAGUAGAUCACUUAUUGUCUAAAGACGAACUGGUCUCAUUGGGGGCUUUUCUAUACGCGGCAGGCUGCUUAGGAUUUGCUGUGCUGACAUUGGUCUCUCCUGCAAAGGUGGAGCAUCUAGGUUUUGUAUAUUUCGGAGGCUUAUCCUCUUCUUUUCUAUAUACAGGCGGUAUAGGGUUGAAAUAUAUCGCUUUGGGGGAUGUACUUAUCUUAGUUAUAUUUGGUCCGAUCUCGGUUCUAUUCGCGUUCAUGGCGCAAACCGGUCACGUUGAAUUAGGAACGAUUUAUUAUGCGAUACCGCUCGCGUUAAACACUGAGGCUAUUUUGCAUAGCAACAACACGAGAGAUAUGGAGAGCGACAAGAGAGCAGGGAUCAUAACACUGGCGAUCUUGAUAGGUCACACCGCGUCUCAUGUUUUGUAUGCUUUUUUACUCUUUACACCAUACAUAAUUCUUGUAGUACUGGCAUUGAGAUAUUCCGCAUGGUUCUUACUGCCACUGAUCACUCUGCCGGCCGCCUUUGAAAUAGAGAAAGAAUUCCGUAAUCCGCAUAAAAUUCAAAAUGUGCCUAAACGAACAGCCACAUUAAAUAUGCUUCUAGGUAUUUUGUACGUUAUCGCUUGUCUGUUUGUGCAUAGAGGCUCGCUUCCCUAUCCGUAAAUUAUUGAUAAAGCUUCCACUCAGGAUUUGCUUUCAGCAAAUCAUUAAUCCUGAAUCACUCCUGCCGAUGUACUGAUGCUUCUUUUGGUAAAAUUUCAGAUUCGCGAUUAAAAGUACAAUUUUUUGUACAAGCUCAAGGAAGGAAUUUGAAAAAUAUUUGAUUUUAAUUUUAUUUCUUUAAUCACAGUUAAUUCAGAUUUAUUCAUGAUUAUCUUUCUCAUUCGAAGGGGUGAUGUAGGGUUGAUAUUCGUUCAUGAAGUCGAAAUUCGAUGUAUUCAGAACUGUCAGUUGAAAAAUUUUGUAUUUUUAUCCGAGCCUCUAGAACCGUGCAAACUAUGCGAUUACUUUCAAAUUAUAUUUGGUAUAAGAAAUAAAAUUAAAAUUAUUUAUUUAAAAUGCUUAUGUUAUCGCAUUUAUCUCAAUUACAAAUGAAUUUAUGUAGUUUCGAAUAUGUUUCGAAUAUAUUUGUCACCAAAUCUGAUCUCUGUGACUGUGUCUUGAAUAUUAUUUCUUAUCACAUUAUCGUCACACUGUUUUAUAACAUAAUAAAUACAAAAUGGCGAUUAUGACGGCUUUAAAAAUGAAGAAAUAUAGCCGCCGGUAUUGCGCUUAAAUCCCUAAACUAGUUAAAUUUUUUAUAAAGAUUUAAAAUUAAAUUUCUAAAAUAAAUACAAUUGGCAUACAUUUCAUUUAGUGUAUUAUAUCCAAUAAAUAUGUUUGAUUUUUUGUUAUGCGAAUUAAGUAUGCAUAGUUAUCUUGUGGCUAUUUAAAUACAUUUACGUACUAUUUAUAUUAUAACUUAUAUGCAUAAUAAUUUAUACAUUUAUAGAACGACACCACAUGAGCAUCAAAAUGUCAUGUAAUUAUCUGACGCAGCACGUAUGUGUGUGUUUUAUACUGUGUUAAUUUUUUCAAGUAGUGUAAAAUUUUUUUUAUGACAACAUAUUAUAUCCAACUUAUAAUUUUAUGUUUAUUAAAUAAAUUAAGCUCUUUCUUUCUGCAACAGACCUAUGCAUUGAUGGUAUAGCAUAUCUUACGGUUCUUACGGUUGUGUAAUAUUUAUUUUCUAAAUAGAAACUCGAAUUAGAGGAAUAAAUCAAAAAUAUAGCGAA